CACACGACCGAGCGAUGCGUUCACUGGGCGAUGACGUUUUCUGAGAAGAGAAAUAUACGGCCUUUAUACAUAGUGACCAGAAAUUACGUCGUCAUAGGUAACAUGUCUGUGGGUUUAAUACAUAGCUUUGCAUGUGAAAUUGGCGAAUCAUGCAUUGUUCAGCCAGAUUUGGAUCGGAACCCGUGACCCUAAGCUGACACAGACUGACACCUUAACUACUGGCUUUACCUGCUCCAAUUCAGCAGAGAUGGCUGGAGAAUUGUACCCCCUUGAGUCCAUUCACAAUUUCAUUGAGAAGACCGUUAUCAUCGAGAAGCCACAAAGGUAUGUGUCAAAGUUCAGGCCGACAGUUCUUGAGGAGACCAAACCCACAAAUUAUAUGAAAACGAUGGGGCCAACUAGAUUGGACGUGCCCGUCCCUACCAAUUACCUGAAAAAGCACUCCAAAGAACCCAAACUACCAGAGAUCAAACAGGUCAAGACUCAUUACAUCUGUUCAUCAAAGAAGCCAGCGGUCCCUUCAGGGCCAUUUCUGCCUCCCGUUGCCACCCCUACAAAGAGAAAGACAACCACACCAAAGGGACCCAAACAGACUCCGUGUGUUGUUGACACAAACAAGGGACACAAGGAGUUCCAUAAUAGAAACUCUGGACUUGUCCCUGUGUACAUAAGGAAAAAGGAUUAUGGAGAAGUACCAAACUAUCUGAUGCGCCGCAAAGCAAAACAUCAAAAGGCACUGGAAGAGUACAACAUUAAUCUGAAAAAGCAGGAGGAGCAUGAAACCAUGAAAUAUCUUUCUGACAUGGAAUGUCAGGCCAUCGUUGAGGACCUGAAGCAGAAAUACAAUGAGCUGAAUGCAGAGUACCAGCGCCUCCCAUUUAUGAUAGACACCCCGUCAAUGAAGACUCGUAAGGUACGCCUCGAGGUGGAAAUGAAGCAGCUGGAGGAUGACAUUAAACUCCUUAAUCGGUUGGAGUCUAUCUGCAAAAACAAGUAGCACACAGAUGUGCAAAUGGGGU